AUGGGGACUGACAUUCAUCCCCAUAUAGGGGGACGACAGUCAUCCCCAUAUAGGGGACGACAGUCAUCCCCAUAUUUUGAUAUUAGGGGGCAUGAUUCCACAUUUAAGGACCGAGUCCUGCAAUUACAGAAUGUUAGAGUGAGAUUCAUACCAACUGAUAAAAAAGAUAUUCAUGAUUUGGGACCAAUGGAACAGGUUAUAUCUGAUUUAGUGAAACAUGUGUAUGCUGCACCAAAUCAAAGGCCAACUAUAAUAGACGUGGAGGAGCGAUCUGUAGACGGGAAAAACUAUUACACCUUCAAAUAUGAGCUGACAUCUCCAAACUACUCGAGCACUUCCUUUGCAACCAUAGCAAUAGGCAAUGACUGGGCUAACUGUACUUGGAUGCCAUUCUGUACAGGGAGAUAUUAUACCCUGAUUGUGGAGGCAAAUGAAAGACGGUGGAAAAGAGUUCGCAACAAGCUUAAAUUGGUAGCAGACUCUUUCAAGAUGCUUGAUAUCUAAACUAAUCCAGAAUGGAAGAAACAAUGGCAUUGAUUGUAAAUACUUGGUUGAAAAUUUUCUGUUAUGAUCUCCUCAGAUGCCCAUCACCUCCACAUCCCUUGGCUGUGAGACUAAUGUAUCUUUCUUUCAUGCUGCUAGCUAAAUACUGUGCAUUUCUUGGAAAUCAUAUCGCAUGGUUGUUGUCAACUGAAAACUCUGCUUACUUCCUUGCCCUUUUUUCUGGUAAACUAGCUUUCAUUCACUAAAAUUAAGUUCUCUCUUCCAACAAUCUCAAGUGUACAUACUUCCAACAUAGUCAAACCCUAAUUGAUAAGUGAGCUCUCAUUAUCUACUGGA